ACCGGCAGCCGCGUUUAAGAAAUCUGUAGUUUUGAUGCAUUUUUAUAAUUUGCAGAUGUUGCCGUAGUAAAGGACAUCAAAAUGACUUCAAUUAUUAAACUACACACCAUAUCGGGGGCUAUGGACGAGUCCCCGCCGUGCUACAUUCUCCAAAUCGACGAUGUGAGGAUUCUACUGGACUGCGGAUGGGACGAAAAGUUCGAUCCAAACUUUAUUAAGGAAUUGAAGAGACAAGUACACACCUUAGAUGCCGUGCUGCUCUCCCACCCGGAUGCCUAUCACCUGGGUGCUCUUCCCUAUCUUGUGGGCAAACUGGGUCUCAAUUGCCCCAUCUACGCCACCAUUCCAGUUUUUAAGAUGGGUCAAAUGUUCAUGUACGACCUGUACAUGUCGCACUUUAAUAUGGGAGACUUUGAUCUCUUCUCACUGGACGACGUGGAUACAGCCUUCGAAAAGAUCACCCAACUGAAAUAUAAUCAAACUGUUUCCCUCAAAGGAAAGGGCUACGGAAUAUCUAUAACACCUCUGAAUGCAGGACACAUGAUCGGCGGCACUAUCUGGAAGAUUGUCAAGGUCGGUGAGGAGGACAUUGUGUAUGCGACGGACUUUAAUCACAAAAAGGAGCGCCACCUGAGCGGAUGUGAGUUGGACCGUCUGCAGAGACCGUCACUUCUCAUUACGGACGCUUACAAUGCGCAGUACCAGCAGGCCAGGCGAAGGGCCCGCGAUGAAAAGCUUAUGACCAACAUCCUUCAGACAGUGAGAAAUAAUGGCAACGUGCUGAUUGCGGUAGACACUGCUGGAAGAGUUUUGGAGUUAGCCCACAUGCUGGACCAACUGUGGAAGAACAAGGAGUCGGGGCUGAUGGCCUACUCGCUGGCGCUACUGAAUAAUGUCAGUUACAAUGUCAUAGAGUUUGCAAAAUCACAAAUCGAAUGGAUGAGCGACAAGCUUACAAAAGCUUUCGAAGGAGCCCGCAACAAUCCUUUUCAAUUUAAACAUAUCCAGCUGUGCCAUUCCCUAGCGGAUAUCUACAAGCUGCCAGCGGGCCCAAAAGUGGUGUUAGCCAGUACUCCUGAUCUGGAAAGUGGCUUCACCAGAGACCUCUUUGUUCAGUGGGCGAGCAAUUCCAACAACAGCAUUAUUCUAACCACUCGCACCUCUCCUGGAACUUUGGCGAUGGAAUUGGUAGAAAACUCCACUCCGGGAAGACAAAUAGAGCUGGACAUCAGGCGCAGGGUGGAACUGGAGGGCGCCGAGUUGGACGAGUACCUGCGAACUCAAGGAGAGAAGCUCAACCCGCUGAUAGUAAAGCCAGACGUGGAAGAGGAAAGUAGCUCAGAAUCUGAGGAUGAUAUUGAGAUGAGCGUGAUCACAGGAAAGCAUGACAUUGUAGUCCGUCCGGAGGGUCGUCACCAUUCGGGUUUCUUCAAGUCCAACAAGCGCCAUCAUGUGAUGUUCCCCUAUCAUGAAGAAAAAGUCAAGUACGAUGAGUACGGAGAGAUCAUCAACCUGGACGACUACCGCAUCGCGGACACAAGUGGCUACGAUUUCGUACCCAUGGAGGAGCAGAACAAAGAGAACGUCAAAAAGGAGGAACCGGGCACGGGUAUAGACCACCAGACUAAUGGAAACGUUGGUGAUACCGAUGUCCAGCUUCUGGAAAAGCCUACUAAGCUGAUAAACCAGCGAAAGACCAUAGAAGUGAAUGCCCAAAUACAAAGAAUCGACUUUGAAGGCCGCUCUGAUGGUGAGUCGAUGCUGAAGAUUCUAUCGCAGCUGCGCCCACGGCGAGUAAUUGUCAUUCAUGGAACUGCAGAGGGCACCCAGGUGGUGGCCAAGCAUUGUGAGCAGAACGUUGGAGCCCGCGUCUUUACGCCCCAAAAGGGUGAGAUCAUCGAUGUGACUACUGAGAUUCAUAUCUACCAGGUGCGCCUCACCGAGGGACUUGUCUCGCAACUGCAGUUUCAGAAGGGCAAGGACGCGGAAGUGGCCUGGGUGGACGGUCGCUUGGGCAUGCGCCUGAAAGCUAUCGAUGCUGCAAUGGAUGUGACUGUUGAACAGGAUAAUAGUGCCCAAGAGGCCAAAACAUUGACGCUAGAGACGUUGGCCGAGGACGAGAUUCCUGUGCACAACUCUGUCCUCAUCAACGAGCUGAAACUCUCCGAUUUCAAGCAGAUUCUCAUGCGAAACAACAUCAACUCUGAGUUCUCAGGAGGUGUGUUGUGGUGCAGCAAUGGCACCCUGGCCCUCAGACGUGUUGAUGCCGGCAAGGUGGCCAUGGAAGGCUGCAUUUCGGAAGAGUACUAUAAGAUCAGGGAGCUGCUUUACGAGCAGUACGCGAUAGUUUAAUAUUAAAGGUGUUUCUCU